UCCGCGCUCUGGCCCGGUCCCCAGCUCCGAGGGCGGCUGGCCGGGUCUCGGUCGCGGUUCCUUCCAGCUCCUGGCAGCCGGGCACCCGAAGGAACGGGUCGUUCAACGACACAGCUGGACCUGGCCCAGCCAUGGACCGAAAAGUGGCCCGAGAAUUCCGGCAUAAGGUGGAUUUUCUGAUUGAAAAUGAUGCAGAGAAGGACUAUCUCUAUGAUGUGCUGCGAAUGUACCACCAGACCAUGGACGUGGCCGUGCUCGUGGGAGACCUGAAGCUGGUCAUCAACGAACCCAGCCGCCUGCCUCUGUUUGAUGCCAUUCGGCCCCUGAUCCCACUGAAGCACCAGGUGGAAUAUGAUCAGCUGACCCCCCGGCGCUCCAGGAAGCUGAAGGAGGUGCGUCUGGACCGUCUGCACCCCGAAGGCCUCGGUUUGAGCGUGCGCGGUGGCCUGGAGUUUGGCUGUGGGCUCUUCAUCUCCCACCUCAUCAAAGGUGGUCAGGCAGACAGUGUCGGGCUCCAGGUAGGGGACGAGAUCGUCCGGAUCAAUGGAUAUUCCAUCUCCUCCUGUACCCAUGAGGAGGUCAUCAACCUCAUCCGAACCAAGAAAACUGUGUCCAUCAAAGUGAGACACAUUGGCCUGAUCCCCGUGAAGAGCUCUCCUGAUGAGCCCCUCAAGUGGCAGUAUGUGGAUCAGUUUGUGUCAGAAUCUGGGGGGGGGCGAGGCAGCCUGGGCUCCCCCGGAAAUCGGGAAAACAAGGAGAAGAAGGUCUUCAUCAGCCUGGUGGGCUCCCGGGGCCUUGGCUGCAGCAUUUCCAGCGGCCCCAUCCAGAAGCCUGGCAUCUUCAUCAGCCAUGUGAAACCUGGCUCCCUGUCUGCUGAGGUGGGAUUGGAGACAGGGGACCAGAUUGUCGAAGUCAAUGGCAUCGACUUCUCUAACCUGGACCACAAGGAGGCUGUGAACGUGCUGAAGAGUAGCCGCAGCCUGACCAUCUCCAUCGUAGCUGGAGCUGGCCGGGAGCUGUUCAUGACAGACCGGGAGCGGCUGGCAGAGGCGCGGCAGCGUGAGCUGCAGCGGCAGGAGCUUCUCAUGCAGAAGCGGCUGGCGAUGGAGUCCAACAAGAUCCUCCAGGAGCAGCAGGAGAUGGAACGGCAAAGGAGAAAAGAAAUUGCCCAGAAGGCAGCAGAGGAAAAUGAGAGAUACCGGAAGGAGAUGGAACAGAUUGUGGAGGAGGAAGAGAAGUUUAAGAAGCAAUGGGAAGAAGACUGGGGCUCAAAGGAACAGCUACUCUUGCCUAAAACCAUCACUGCUGAGGUGCACCCAGUACCCCUUCGCAAGCCAAAGUAUCAGGGAGUGGAGCCUGAGCUCGAGCCCACAGAUGACCCGGAUGGAGGCACGGAGGAGCAGGGAGAGCAGGAUUUUCGGAAAUAUGAGGAAGGCUUCGACCCCUACUCCGUGUUCACUCCAGAGCAGAUCAUGGGGAGGGACGUCCGGCUCCUACGCAUUAAGAAGGAGGGAUCCUUAGACCUGGCCCUGGAAGGCGGUGUGGACUCCCCCAUUGGGAAGGUGGUUGUUUCUGCUGUGUACGAGGGGGGAGCUGCUGAACGGCACGGUGGCAUUGUGAAAGGGGACGAGAUCAUGGCAGUCAACGGCAAGACUGUGACAGACUACACCCUGGCGGAGGCUGAGGCUGCCCUGCAGAAGGCCUGGAAUCAGGGUGGGAAUCUCAGCCACCUUUCUCCAGCCCACCCCCAGCCUUCUCCCAGCCUGAAGGAAUGGCCCAAGCACGCAGCUUCUCCUAGCCAGAGCUCCUAGAAAACUCCUGGACUAGAGCUAAGUCAUUGUCCUUAAGCAGUGUCUGAGCUGCCUCCCGGGCAGUCUUGUCCAAAUUCUUCUCUACUCUGGGGAACUGAGGCACGAGGUCUUAGACCGAGUAAGCAGUGAUGUUGAGACAAAGACUCAGAAUUGUUAUUCCCCACUCAGAACUCUAUCCCCUACCCCAUUAGUAGAUGGUUAGAAGGUGUCUGUGUUCAUCCUUCACUCUCUGGAAGGUCUUCCUGAUGUCUAACUGCAUUCACUCAUACUGUGCCUCUAGGCAGCCAGGACCACAGGCUUUUGUCCCCACCUUGUGGGAUCUCCAGGGAGCUUUGGCCUAGUCUGUCUCUCUGUGAUUCCCUGUGUGUCUGUCUCUAUCCUGUGGAUCUCUCUGUCUUCUCUUCUCCUCCCUCUCUGUCUUUCUGUCUUUCGCCCUCUCCUUCCUUCCUGUCAAACUCUUAUCAGCCCCCCUCUUUCCCCUUCAUCCCAGUCCCCUUUCUCUCUUACUGUCUCCUAUUCUUUCUUCCUGUUUCUCUCCAUCCCUGUCUCUGAGUCCCUGCUCCUCUGUCCUUGUCGUUCUGCAUCCAUUCUUAUCUGUCUGCCUUUCUCUGUUUCUCUGCCGCUGUGUGGUGUCUCAACUCCAUCCUCACCUCAUCCCAUCACCUCCCCAGCCCUCACCCACCUACCACUCACCCACUCACUGACCACCCCCUGCCUCCCUGUCAUGGCUGGGCCUGCUUGCUCCCCGUGGCCAGCAGAGUCUGAGCUCUACACAUGUCUUGGAGAAACCAGGGUCCGGCAGCUCCUAAUUCUGGAACCCAGAGGCUAGGCAGAACCCGAGGCAGGAGCCCAGUGAAAGGAGAGGCCCCAUGGAGCUCUGCCUGGGAGUAACCAAGCCUGUUUUGUGUUUCUUGCUCUGCUCUGUGUGUAUAGUGCUUCUCUUCCCUCCUCCGCAGCAGAAAGCCCCCAGCCGGUCCGAAAGCUUCUUGAAGACCGUGCUGCCGUGCACAGACACGGGUUCCUCCUGCAGCUGGAGCCCACGGUGAAUAGGCAGGCGGGCCAGAGGGCCCUGUCUGUCCCUGCUGUGUGCAGUGGCCAUCUGCUGCCCACGCUGUCAGCAGGUUCUUUGGACUGGUGUCUGGAGGGUACACAAGGUGCCAUCCCUGAAGUCCUGCCCAGGGUCUGCUGUUGGCCACAGUGGAAUUCCUCAGACUCAAAGCCCUCCCCUCGGGGAAGUGCUACAGAGCCCAGUCUGUAGUACUUGCUUGGGACCCAGGUGUCCUGACUCAUCAUGGCCCUGGGACCUGCUUUGAGUCCCAAGCAGCACCCAAAUGAGCAGGAUGAAGCCCUGGGCACCAUUCUCUGUGGGACACAGACAAUGCCUCAAACCAGGCAUUUGGGGCUGAAGGAACCCACAGGAAGCCUGGCUGGAAUUGCCCCCAAGAGAUGUCCUCAACAGAAUGUGAAAAUUCCCCUUCCUGUGAAUGCCAACCUGCUGGGAGCUCCUGCUCCACCCUGGCCCCUACACUUGGCCAGAACCAGGGCUAUUAAGAGGUUUUGAAGGCUGGUCCAAAGAACCAGGGUUGGUGGAUUAGAGUUGCUCAUGUCCUGUUGUGCCCUGUCAUGGCCUGAGCCGUGCUCAGAACAAACUGUCUUCUCUGCCUUUUCCCUUCCUUGGCUGUGGGCUCUAUCUGUGGGAUAUACCGUGGAGCCCAGAUGUGGGAUGUGUUUCUCACCCUGUGAUAGGGAUGUGCCCGUGGACAGAGCUGGCAGGUGGCUGUGAAACUGGUGUUUGGUGUGGCCUGAAGCCACAGAUGGCAGCAUCUGGGGCAGACCCAAGCCUGGACUUGACUUUUCUGUUACAACUUUCCCAAAACAUUAGGGCCUCAUGCUCCCAAGACAGUUGGCCAGCUAGACCACGGCUUCUGUGGUGGCCCGCGUGGCCCUAUGUUUUCUGUCACUUGCCUUUUGCAAGGGACUCUUACCCCUGUUCCUCCUAGUCUCCUCCUCCCCCCAUCCCAGGUGUCCCUCCCGCUUUCUCCCUGGCCUCUUGUGUGCUGUGGCUGUGGCUGGUGUGUAGCCACUUGGGGCCUGCACCCAGAGGGGUCUCCAAAGGUUGGCAGAGCCUCAUGCUGCCAGGGUGGGUGCGCCCCAUUGUGGGGCCUUGCUCUGGCUGGGCUGAGUGUGCACCUGCAAGGCUUGCACCCACCUGGGCUGUUUCUACUU